AUGGGUAUACUAAGGAGGAUAGUUACGCUUCUGACGAUGUGCGGUUGUUCGCGACCCACUUCCUGGACGUCGCCGACCAAAAAGUUCUUGUACACCGUUUACACGAUCUUCGUGUUCCUGGCCAUGCAUACCCUCGUCAUCACUCAAAUCCUGGAUCUGGUUUUCAUCGUCGACAAUCAGGACGAUUUCAGCGACAACUUUUACGUGACGCUGGCGAUGAUCAUCACCUUCGUAAAAAUGUGCAGCAUGCUGAUCACUAAAAAGAAUAUUGUAACGUUGAUCGACACCCUACAGCGGGAGCCUUUUUUACCGAUGGACGCCGAGGAGUUUGAAAUUCGAACGCAGUACGACAGUAUGUCCGAGAACAACACGAUGACGUACACGUACGCGAUAGUGAGCUACGUAAUAUGGAUGUUCCUGGUUACGCUAAUCUUGGAAUUUGAAAACCGGAAAUUAGUGUUUCGCGCCUGGUUGCCCUUCGACUACACUUCGGUGCUAGGUUUCAGCAUCGCCUUCGGUCAUCAAAUUAUAAGCUCCUUAAUUUGCUCGGCCUCGAACGUCGCGUGCGACAGUCUGUUCAGCGGUCUGUUGAUUCACAUUUACGGUCAAUUCGAGAUACUCGGGUACCGUCUGCGACAUAUCGAAAGGGACAACGACGACUCGGUGAAACAGUGCGCUCGUCAUCAUAAACACAUAUACAAAUUCGCCAGGAUGGUGAACGAACAAUUUAAGCUGAUCGUGUUCGUUCAGUUUCUCACGAGCACGUCGACCGUGUGCUUCGAUCUAUACCGUUUGACGCAAAAAGAACUUGGCUCCGAAAGCGUGGACAUACUGCUCUAUGCGUCCGUCACUCUCAUUCAGAUAUAUUACUAUUGUUGGUACGGGAACGAAGUGAAACUGAAGAGUCUCGAGGUUUCUGGUAUGGUGUUUGAAAGCGACUGGACGUACCUGAACAACAAAACUAAGAGGACUCUAUUAAUGAUCAUGCGACGCGCCACGGUACCCAUCGAAUUUACCAGUCUCUAUCUCGUGACCGUGAAUGUCGAAACAUUUAAAGCGUUGCUCAAGACUGCCUACUCGGCGUAUAACGUGCUUCAAUGA